AUGACCAAGAGGAGGAAGGAGGUAGAGGAGAAGCUCUCUACGAUGAGGCGCGAUGGCAGGGAGUCUGUGCUGGUGGUGGCCGACUUCGAUAUGACCCUGACCUCUUUCCUCAUGCCCGACGGCUCUCGGGGCAUGUCCACCCACGGCAUGCUGGAGCGCUCGGGCUACUUCGGGGAGGCGUUCACGACCCGGGCCAAGGACAUCUUCAACCGGUUCUACCCCAUCGAGGUCGACCCGAACCUCGACUGGGACUCUAAGUUCGCCGCCAUGUCCGAGUGGUGGGAGACUACCCACAAGCUCAUAGUCGAGCAGGAGGUCACUAAGAAGGACAUCGCUGCUUGCGUCAAGGCAGGACACUUCAGGUUCAGGGAGGGAGUCCCCGAGCUCCUGGCCCAGCUCAAGGAGCGCGAAGUUCCCAUCCUCGUCUUCUCGGCUGGGAUUGCGGACGUGCUGGAAGAGAUCUUCAAGCAGCGGCUGGGGCUGGAGGGACUCCCGAUCAUCUCGAACAAGAUGAAGUUCGACGAGGAGGGGAAGCUGGUCGGGUUCGAGAACAACACCAUCCACAUCAUGAACAAGGGAGCCGUCGCCCUCGAGGGACAAAACCUCGAGCUCGUCAAGGACAAGUCCAACGUCAUCCUCCUGGGAGACAGCCUGGGCGACCUUCGCAUGGCUGACGGCCUGCCUAACAAGCAGCAGGUUCUCAAGAUCGGCUUCCUCAACGAUAAGAUCGAGGAGAGGAAGGAGGAAUACCUCGAGAAGUUCGACGUUGUCAUCGUCAACGACGGGCCCAUGACGGCUGUCAACGAGCUGCUCGCUCCCAUCUUCGCCUGA